CUAUGCUCUGCUGUUUUUACCAUCCUGCUUGUCACCUAAACAAGUUUGAAACAGACAAAUCACAGUCUGUGUGUUGAGGAAGCGCGCUUGCUCGUAGUUUAAGCUCUGCAGACGGACUGAAAAUCACUUGCAAUGUGAUGCAGAGAGGAUUUCGAUUUCUGUAAGGAGGAUCAUGGAAAGUUACGUUUUUCUGAGAGUUGUGGGGAAGGGGAGCUAUGGGGAGGUGAACCUGGCCAGACACAAAUCAGACCGUAAACAGUAUGUGAUCAAGAAGCUGAAUCUGAGAACAUCCUCCAGUCGUGAACGGAGAGCCGCAGAACAGGAAGCCCAGCUCCUCUCACAGCUCAAGCAUCCCAAUAUCGUCACAUACCGGGAAUCAUGGGAAGGUGAAGACUGUCAGCUCUAUAUAGUGAUGGGUUUUUGUGAGGGGGGAGAUCUAUACCACAGACUCAAACAGCAGAAGGGAGAACUGCUGGCAGAGAGACAGGUGGUGGAGUGGUUUGUCCAAAUCGCCAUGGCUCUUCAGUAUUUACAUGAGAAGCACAUCCUUCAUCGAGACCUAAAAACACAGAAUAUCUUCUUGACGAAGACAAACAUAAUCAAAGUGGGUGAUCUGGGCAUUGCACGGGUUUUGGAGAGUCAGAAUGAUAUGGCCAGUACUCUGAUCGGCACACCUUAUUACAUGAGUCCAGAGCUCUUCUCCAACAAACCAUACAACUACAAGUCAGACGUGUGGGCAUUAGGAUGUUGUGUGUACGAGAUGGCAACACUAAAACAUGCCUUCAAUGCAAAGGACAUGAACUCACUUGUGUGUCGUAUUGUAGGAGGGAAGUUGCCCCAGAUGCCUAGUAAGUACGACCCACAGUUGGGAGAGCUGAUCAAGCGGAUGCUAUGUAAGAAACCAGAGGACAGGCCAGAUGUCAAGCACAUCCUGCGACAGCCAUACAUCAAGAAGCAGAUCUCCUUGUUUCUGGAAGCCACAAAAGAGAAAACUGCCAAAUCACGAAAGAAUGCAGUGAACAGCAAACCGAACAACGCAGGCUCGGAUGCAUCAACCAAACCAAAUUGUGAAGUUCAGCCACACUGUCCCAUCUCCGAGUCAAGCAGCCGAGGAAAAAAGGUUGAAGACAGCCACUUCGAUCAACAAAAAGCCUGUAAUGGUGCCAUGUACAUCACAUCUCAUAACUCACACUUGCCCCCCAAACAUCCCAGUCAAGACAUCCUUGACUCAACAGGUCACUCUAUAGCAACCAUAAGCAACAUAGACAUUGAAGUCCAACCCCAAGACCAGAUACAGAAGCAGAAAAAGGCUAAACCAACUCAUCCAAAACCCAACAGCCAUCACAAUAACAAACCACCUUCUGUGAGCAAGAGGAGAGAAAGACAGGAGAACGAAAACCCCCGUGCUCCUCAUACACACCCACCAAAACACGUGUUGGGUGUCGGCAAGAAAGAGGAUAAGACGACAGCGAAUAGAUGGAUAUCACAAAGCUCAGAUGCAUCCAUUACUGCAGACGUACCCAAGACUCCUGAUGGUAGCAUGGACCUCAAGGACAACACUAUGAAACUACUGCAGGAGGCAGUGAUGGAGGAUGUUCCUCACAAGCCCUUUGAACUACAUCAUGAUGCUGAGACAAAGACGGUGACACAAAGAUCUUCAGCAGCUGUUGAUGUUAAUCAAAGCAUUCGAAAGGAAGUUCCUGCUGGAAGUUCAAUGGAGGAGAUUGAGGAAAGUCUACACUCCACAGAGAAUCUUCUUAAGCCUGUUCCUGCUAUUUUGAUGGAGGAACCCAAAUUAGAUUCCUCUGCAGAUCAAUGCAGAGCAUCUCUUCAGCCUUCUUCCUCUGAACCGUCAAUGUCACAUCAGCAGAAGAAGGACAAGUUGCUCAAUGACCAGGAUAGAGUCAAAGCAGUGCCCAGACCUUUGCCGCCUCUUCCUGAAGAUGUCCUAUCAGCGAUCAGUGGGCAAAAAGACAAGAGUAACUCGGAGGAAAACAAGUCCUCCUGCCUCUCACCCUCUACCAAGAACCCUGCAGAGGAACAGUAUCGUCCACUAUCAGCCAGGGAGAGGAGGAGACUAAAGCAAUUGCAGGAGACCUCAAAACAACAAGCCUCUGUGGUCAGAAGUGUGCCCUAUGAUGUCCCCUCAUUAGGCAGUAAGCAGACAGUUCAACUAGACUGCCCAAGUCCUGUGAGCACAACUGUGCAAACAAAAAAGGAGAGGAAGUCCUCAUGGAGACAGUCUGAUGAAGAUGAAUGUAGCUCCUCAACCAGCUCCACUGAGAGAUCAGAAGGAGACUACCGAGAAUUAAAGUGCGAGACCAAUGAGAUGCAAGACUUGGUGCAAAUGAUGACACAGACGUUACACAUGGACAACAGAGAUGUAUCAUUUGAACCUGUUGGGCCAAGAGGACACUCUACUCCACUGCCUGAGUUCAGGUUAAACAGAAAGUACAGGGAUACUCUGAUGCUUCAUGGGAAGGCCAGAGAGGGGCGGGGAGACUUACAGAUCAGUGACUUUCCAUUAGAUGAUAGCACAGGUCCAGCAAAGAUCAGGAGAGUGAUUGAGCACUUGCGAACAGAUGUAGUGAAAGGACUCGGCGUGAAGCUAUUGGACAGAGUCCUGGACAUCAUGCAGGAAGUAGAUGAAGACAAGAUAGAGCAUUUAAUGCAGCAGCAAAUGGGAGAGGAGAAAUACAAGCUGUAUGCAGAGAAAGUACAACAGCUACAGUUCUUUGAAGAAGUUGCGUUCAAAGAUUGAGCCAGAUAAAGAGGGAUCCUGUCACACAUUAAUGUCAUUUCUGC